UUCCUCCUAAGCGUCUGUGCGUUGCAUAGGAACAAGACCAUUAUUCAGGUUGUUAGGAGAUGUUGGCUUCCUUUAGUUUGCUAUGCUAGGAUACGAGAAUUAAACUAGCCAAAUGGAUUUGUUAUUUUCUGUAAGUACUAAAGUCAGAUUACACACAAGCUUCCAAUUCAUUUGUAGCGUCGUUUAUUAGUGUAGGGGCAGCGCACCAGGCAAAGGUGAUAUCUUGUAUGAGUACUUAAGUGGCUAGUAAGCUAUCGGUAGCUAGCGUUAGCAGGCUGGGAUCUGAGCUAACUUUGUCAGUUAUCAGAAUUAAACGAGUUUGACUCAAGCUAAGGGUCAUGAAUUGAUUUGCUUGAUAAGUAAAUCAAACGCAGAAUGUCGAAUUAAAAGCAACUCGAUGCACUGUAAAGUUGCGGCAGUAGCGUUAGAUAGGUUGUGUAACGUUAUCUGUCAGUUACUAUUACCCAAUCAAACAAGUAACUUAUCGCUAGCAAACGAACUUAGCUAGCUUAUAAAGCUGGCAGAUAGGUUGCUUGCUGGGUCAUAGUAUUAGGGGAUAGCGUGGCUUUUCGGAUAAUCCUCUCCAAGAACCAGUAAGCGCCAGAGAGAACAGCUGCAGGCAGCGAGUCUCUAUUCGUUUCGUGUCCGGCAGGAUGGCCAGAGAUGCGGGCGAAAUCCCGGAGCUGGACCUGGACAAGUAUGAUGCGGAUGAACAUGUGAAGAUCAUCUGCCUAGGGGACAGUGCGGUGGGGAAGUCAAAGUUGAUGGAGAGGUUCCUAAUGGAUGGCUAUCGGCCUCAGCAGUUGUCCACAUAUGCGCUGACACUGUACAAGCACACUACUACAGUCAACGGGAAGACUGUCCUCGUAGAUUUCUGGGAUACUGCAGGGCAGGAGCGUUUCCAGAGCAUGCACCCAUCAUACUACCACAAGGCCCACGCUUGCAUCAUGGUGUUUGAUGUCCAGAGGAAGAUCACCUACAGGAACCUGGCCAUCUGGUACAAGGAGCUGAGGGACUACAGGCCUGAGAUCCCCUGUCUGGUGGUGGCCAACAAAAUAGAUGCGGACAUGAAGGUGACCCAGAGGAGUUUUAACUUUGCUAAGAAGCAGGGCCUGCCCUUCCACUUUGUGUCCGCAGCAGAUGGGACGAAUGUGGUGAAGGUGUUUAAGGACGCCAUCCAGCGGGCGCUGAGCUACAAGCAGAACUCCGGUGACUUCAUGGACGAGGUCAUGAGAGAACUAGAGAACUUCGAGCUGGAGCAGAGGGAUGACGACUCUGAGAAAGAUGAAGAGGAAGAACCCAAAGAGGAGAAGCCUGGACACUCUCAGGAGCAUGUGAAGGAGGAAGGGAUGUCACACAGGUAGUUGGUCCUGAGGGUUUCAUAACCCCCCAUCGAACCACACAGGCUCCAAGGCUUUGGCUUCCAAACGCAUUCAUGUGUCUGUGUGUGUGUGUGUGUGUGUGUCUGUGUCUGUCUGUGUCUGUCUGUGUGUGUCUGUGUCUUUGUGUCUGUGUCUGUGUCUGUGU